GCAAUAUCUAACCCAAGACUAGAAUUCUGUCAGACAACGGCAGGAAAGGGGGAUUUGGUCAAUCUUCCGGUGCAGAUGGUAAGCAGACAAAAAUCUCUGAGCGUCUGGAUGAUGAAAAUCGACCAAGUAAUUAGUUAAGACUUUUUUCAGGUGGCAAGGUACUUGAACUGUUUGUGGGUGAUUUUCCCUUGAGUCACAGCUUGAGUUGACUGGAAAUGGCAGGAUAUAUAUACUGGAAGUAACAUGGUGGUAAACAAAAACUAUUUGCUAAGUAUUUUGCUAUGAUAGCACUAAAAAAGUAUUGUUUCUGAGCUGCCUUCUCUAACAAAGUUAUUGUCCAGAGGAUGUCUGAACUUUAAUAUUGAUCUUUAAUCAUUAUAAAAUCCCAACUGGUAGAAACCUCUGGCUUCUGAUUAAAUGCAGAAGGGGAAAAUUGGAAGUUAUACAUCUAUUCAAAUUAUGGCAAAAUUGCAUAUCUUCAUACUCAUAAAGGGAGUACACAAUAAAAAAAUAUAUAUAAAUAAAUAAUGGUUUAUUAAGGUAACACUGUGUCGCUGAUUAGAUGUUUUCUUCAACUUCAUUACUUGAUGCCACUAAAUCAAUAGAGCUUUAUUUAAACAGCACCAUCAAACAAUUGAAAUGCAACUCAAAGAGAUGGAUUGUGCAUCUAUUUUUUUUAAAGAAAAUAUGAGUUUAGAUGUAUAGAUACCAAUAUAGAUACCACUGCACACAGUACACAUGUGUAGCCUCAUGAAACAACAAAACAAUAAGAAGUCAGGUAUAAAAAAAUAAGUCAAAGCAUCAAAUGAAUAAGAAAAUUAAUGCUUAACAUAACAAAAAAGUGUAAAGAUAGAAAGAAGGGUACAUGAAAUUAUUAAAAUGGCAGUUAAAGACAAGGUGCUCUAUUUUUGUGCCUCGUCGGCACCGUGGCGCAGGCGGCGCAACGCAACAAGGUGGGGACCAGAGGUGGCCCCUCAACAAGUGUUGUGCUAAGCGUUGCAGAAGACAUCACAUCACAUCCUCCCUCAAAUAAGCAUGCCCUGCCCUGCCUCUGUCCCAAGGUGCUAGGAUGUGUAUAGGCCCACGUACUCAUUCAUUUUUGAAAAAAAUGAAAGAGCAUGUGCUUACUGUCAGUCUGAGUCAUAAUAUUAUCAUUAUCCACCCUUUUUUCUCUAUGCUAUCAUUCAUCACAGAUGUAGGACCUUCAGUGAAUGCAUGAAGAUAAAUCAACCAAUUAGUCUUUCACAGUCAGUCAUGUACAUUCCAGCUUAAAACUGCAGAAUCUUUUUUCUUCUUAUAGAGUAUUUGGACUGUAGGGAGCCUGUCUUAACUCAAAAUAAGCUGUGACAACAUGAUCAAAAUGUCUCCAAGAUGCAUAGUGAAAAUACCCCCAUGACAAGCUUAUUUAACAGAUUCUCAUUAAAAGGUAGGCUACUUCAAUUUUUUGCUCACAUUUGAAUGUAUACAUUUCUUUAUAACUUGAUGUGUUCGAUGUGUUCUUAUAUGCAACAAUGGGACAAAACUUUGGGGCUUUCUGAAGUAAAAAUGUGUGUGUGUGUGUGUGUGUGUGUGUGUGUGUGUGUGUGUGUGUGUGUGUGUGUGUGUGUGUGUGUACACACACACACACACACACAUAUAUAUAUAUAUAUAUAUAUAUAUAUAUACUACUCGUAUUGGAUUUUUUAAACUUGGUCUCAUCUCUCCAGGACAGUGUAAUCCUUCUUUGUCUGAUGUGAUUCAAAGCCGUGCAUGUAGAUACGUGCCUGUCUCAGUGUACGGCCUAUCAAUAAAGAUUUACAGUAAAAAAAAAAAAAAACUCCUUCUCUUUCUCUCCCUCCCUCUCUCUCUUCCUCCCUCCCUCUCUCCCCCUCCUGACUCGGAGUUUAUAAAGAGAAGUGUCUGCCAUUCUCAGGCUCAGAGCUACACACCGUGUCACAGUCAUUCAGCAUGUCUGAAAACCAGCCGGGUCUUGUAUAUCUGAUCACUGGGGGAUGCGGUUUCCUCGGCAGGCACCUGUUAAGGAUUUUGCUGGAAAAGGAGGACAAUCUAGAGGAGAUCAGGGUAUUUGACAAACACACGGACUCAAGUUUGACCGGACUCAGUACAGGUAAGCUGCUCUAACGGGCUGUGGCCGUCGUGUUUUCAUUUAAAAUCUAAACUUGGCUUGGGUGCAGUGUCAAACAUUGAAGUGUCAAAGAAGUCUUUUUGAGUUUUAAUUACCUUAAAAGGCACUAUGCUGCACAUACAUGCAGGUCUUUGUUGGCUACCUGGUUUACAGCAUCUGAAGCAUGUUUAUGGUUUUUUAUGGUUUUGUGUAGUGGUGCAGUUCAAGUAUCUCUCUGUAAAAGUUCUUCAGACUAAUAUGUUAACUGAUAAACCCUUACUGAUAGUCUUAAAGAGUAUUAAAAUACUAUAAACUAUGGACAGCAAACACUUGAAAACUCCUUAAGGUGAUGGCUAGAGUGUCACCUAAGUUUAAAAGAGUAAAUGUGCAUUAAGCACUGCUGUUAAGCCUGACAUUCAUUCAUGUCCCCCGACAUGCCAUUGCCUCAGUCUGCAGAUAUAACAGCUGGGCUCUGAAUCCGGAAAAGUGGCCUCCUAUAUCCUGUGUCAGGAUAAAGAUGUUGUCACCUGUCACUGGCCAACUUGCCAGGAAGGAUUUGCAUUUAUUUCUCUGGCUGAACAUGAAUUAUGGGUGUGUUAUAACUUGAAUUCUGACACAGGAGGAACAUCAGUUAAUUUCAUUAACAUGAAAAAUAAGAUGUUUUAGAGAUUAUGAGAAAUGUAAUAAUGCAACAACAGCACAUUUCUCCCUCUCUGGUAUCAGGAAAGCACCCAGCCCUUAAUGCUGCACUGAUCCCGGGGUGGAAAGGCUUUGUCCAGCUUUCAUCCUUUAUUGUUAGGACUGAAACCUGCUAUUGAUGCAGGGCUCUCUGGGCCCCUGAGAGAUCCGCUAACAGUAACAAGAGAACUCAGUGUCAGCAAAACACACAAGGCCUCACAGCACAGGGAAAAUGAGAUGUUGAGUUGUGUAUUUUUUCUGUGGUGUAAGUUAAAGCUGACAGAAAUUAGUGACAACUGAACUCUCUUACUACAAAUCUGCGCACAUGGUGAAAUAACAGACUGGAAAGCAAACUUCAGAGGGAGGAUUUGAACCGUGAUAAGGUCUCAAUGUCCAAAAGUCCAGUCUGAUUCCCUGCCAGAUGAGUCUUUUUGUUAUCAGCUUGUCAAGGACUGUGCACUAAACCAAAGAUAAACCACAGGUGCACAGCCUUUGAAAAUAUCUAGAUACUGAAUAUCAGGACCUCAAGGUAAAAAUCAGAAAAUCCCACAAAGUGUUAGGUGUUGUUGGUUCUGGAGAAUCAGACAUACCAUGACAAAAGUGAACUUUUAGAAAGAGGGUCAGCAUUGUUUACUUUAUGUGUGUAAAAUAAAAUAAUGUUGUUGCAGCAUUGUCAUCUAUGAAAAAAGAUAGAGGAAAAGAGUUUCAUUAUUGACUGAUCUGCCAGUAAACAAACAUUUUUCCUGUUUAUUCACUUGCCUUUGUAGAGUACCUGAUAGGAAAGCAUGCUCUGAACACUCCAGAAUGAUAUGAUUUUGACUGUGCUUUCCUGUUUACUCAGAGUCGACAAAGGUGGUGGUCAUUCAGGGGGAUAUCACAGACUACAGCAGUGUGUUAGAGGCCUCCCAAGGGGUAGAUGUUGUCAUCCACACGGCAAGCUUAGUGGACGUUUGGCACAAAGUUCCUGAGACUCUCAUCUACGCUGUCAACGUCACAGGUAAGACCUCAAGGGAGCGAUAUAAGAUAACACAAAGAAUGCAGACCUCACUCAAGGACAGUAGUCCUGUGUUUUAUGACAUGAAAAUCUACAGGUCCAUUUGAACAUGUCCCAGAACAAGGUUUUGUUUUGCUCUGUUCUAUUGCUUAUUCAUGAGUCAGAGACAGAUCCCAAAGAAAACUGGUUUGCUGGUAAAUCAUUAGACCAUGUUACACCCUUCUAGCAAAUGUCAUCAAAACUGACUGACGGCAAGGAAACCAAACCCUUUGGUGGAGUUCACAGGGAAAAGGGCUGUAGAGGGAAUGUUGGAUGCUGAUUCUGUUUUAUUACCGUAUUAUUUUGGGGGAAACCAUAAAAAAAAGAGUGGAAACCCACGCCUGCUUCUGCUUUGGAAGAAUGUCAAGGACUUCAUGGACUCACAAGGCCAGUUAUUGUGCCCAUCUGACAUGACUGGGCGAUAAAAUCCGCAUUUAGUGCAAGCUUUUCUGCCCUGUUUUCUGGUUGGAAUUUAUCUCACAGUUAAAUCACAUUUUUUCUGGAAGUUGACUCAUGAGUUUGAUGAGAAUCCAACUCUUAAGAAAAGAAAGAAAACAUAACUUUUUCAACUCCUUGGUCGACACUGCCCCUUCUCCUCAUACCACGUUCAAGCAUUAAAAUUGACUCUAUAAUUAUCCUCAAUCUUACCACUAAGGAUCUUGUUUAGUUUUUAAAAGCUUAAAUAGGCAUCAGUAUCAGUUCCAGUGUAUUUCAUGAGCACCCAAAGACUCCUGACAGGAGUUAUUGUGUCAUCUGUGUUCAGUGUCUGAAUUGGUGACUGAGUCAGAGAGAAAUAAUGAUAGCAACAGGGUUUGUUUUGGAGUGCAUUAUAUAACAAAGGUGUUCGUGGUUUUGUGAACAUGCAUCACAUGCUGCAUUUACCGUCAGGUAUGCAAAAAGUCAACUAUCAAUGGAGUACAACUUUCAGAAGUCAAAUGUACACGGGUCAGUUAUUACUCUGAUGUUUUAGAGAAGUUGACAUUUUAAAGGAAAAGUCUCACGAGUUUUUUCAACGGUUUGUUGUGCAUCACAGAGCUUGAAUCUGACCUGGUUAAAAAAACCACUGACAGGCUGCAUAGUAACUCCAUUAAAGUAAACAGUCUUCUAACUCGUUGCCUGUGUCCUAGAUUAAUUUGUCUUUUAACUGUUAAAUUUCUCACACAUCUUAAUAUUACAACUUUUUAAAGCACUAACUUACGUUCUUCUCUCUUCUAACCUUUUGUCCAAGCAUGACUGAAGCUUACUUGUUUUGUUUUUUUUAAGUUGGUAGCAGCACUUCAGAUGAUUUUGAGUGAGUAACAGAGACAGUCUUCAAAUUGGGUCUCUGUUUGGGUUUAUGUUUAUGGGGUUUUGGCGAGGCCUGGUCUAUGUCUGGCCAGAAACAGCCCAUAGUGAUUCAGUUAACGAAAUAGAGGGAGAGAACACAUUGCUGUAACUGAGUCUGUUGAAGCUAUUUUACUUGACAUGGUCAGAUAUGUAUGCACCCAUUGUCAUUAAAGCCCUACUGAGUAAAUGUUUGUCCACCUGUAUGAAGACUUGGACCUGUGGGAGUGAUUUGAUUCUGAUCUCUGUUUCAUGGGGUGUUUCAGCUUAGAUUCCACAAGAUAUCUCAAGAAUUUGAUCACACUGGCCAAGAGUUUGUCUGAAAAAGUUCACAUGCCUUUGUAACUUUUUGUUUCAUAUUUCUGCUGACCUUUUCCUCUUUGGUCGUGGAGACAAAAUUACCGUGCUGCUUAAAAUGAAUUAAAAACUACACCUCCAGGAAGUCAACACAUACAGUAACAUUUUCAACAGAUUUUCAGUGAGAAUUCAUUUACUGAUUAUUCUCAAUGGUUUCUUCUCUUUAAUUUGAACACAUACCAGAGAUUUUAACCCCCUUUGAGCCGGAUAGUAAGCAGCCCAAAAUACUCAUGCAUGUUAAGUCUCAUAGUCUUCUGGCAUGAGUCCUGAAAACUUUGAUAAAAAGCACUCAGACAACCUAGAAUUUGGACUUUUUGUGUUUGUAUCAUAGACUGUAUAUAGAAUAUAUGUAGAUACAGUCUAUGGUUUGUAUAUGCAAGUUUUUCUCUUUUUCUCUCUCUCCUUCUCUCUCUCUCACUCAUAAAUUAACCUUUAGUUUUAGAUAUCACUUUCUUUUUGAUAUGUACAUUGUCUAUCUACCUAAACAUGCAAGAUUUCUACAUGACCCGGAUGUAGUGCGAAGGCUCCCUACAACUUAGCAUCUCAAACAACCUUAAAAUUAGUGCAAACCUUGCAAACUGGUUCACAACUCAGUUCUGAAUGUGACAAUUUCACAAAAAAAGCAUUGAAAGAUGAUAGGUUUAAUAAACUGUUAGUUUGGGAGUAAAACCAAAUAUUUCAUUUUCUAUCAUCAGGGAGUCUUAUUUAAAUAGAUUAAACAGAUGUAAAUGUUUUAUUUCUGGCUGGAUGGUUGAUUAAAUGGUCUGUGUGCAAAGAGGAAAUUAUCAAGCCUCCAGCAGAGUCCAGCAGACACUCUCAUAUGGUUCUUGUAAUCCUCUGCCAGACUUGUCUAAAUGUAACCUAAAAACUAAAAGUUAAUAUUCAGUAAAUUGGAAAUACCUUUUAAGUAUUCAACCCUGAUAAGAAGCCGUAUAUCGCUUCUUUGAGAUGAUCAUUUUUUAUUUCACUGGAUAUCCAGUUUCAUUGACAAAGACCAGGUUCAAGGAAGACAUGCUUUCCUGUUAGUGUAAUGAAUUGCACAUGGGUCUCAUACCUCUCUUUUGAAUGAAUUUCCUGUUGAGUGUCCACUUGUGCAUCAUGUUCCCUUAUGCAUCUGAUUUCAAUUUCAAGAUGUUUUUUUAUGGCAUGUUGUGGGUGACACUUUCUGAUCAGGCUGCAACAACUCCAUGAACAUACUUAAGAAAUAAAAAUUUGCUCUAAAUAGUCCUUAUUUCAAGGACUUAGAACAAGACCUAAUAAAUCUAUUUAAUAACCACAUCGUUUUUCUGUCUUCUCCAGGAACAGAAAAUGUGAUCAGUGCCUGCGUGGAGUGUGGCAUCCAGUCACUGCUCUACACGAGCAGUAUGGAGGUGAUCGGUCCAAACAUCAAAGGAGACCACUUUAUCAGGUGAAGCCUUGGAAAUUGUCUUCAAAGUUGAACUUUUUUGUGACCACUGUGAACCUUAAUUCUGCUCAACAAAAUGAAAGUGGAAGAGUUCUUCUAUGCUUGUUACUUACAUACUUAGGCUUUUUUGCUUUCAUCUUCAUGGUCUCAACCUCUUAUUCAUUCACGUUGCUUCUCUUGAUUGCACAUUCAUGUGAAGUCCAAGGCCUGUACAGCACAGAUAGGACUGGGUGGAGACACAACGUAUCUGCUUCUCGAGUGAGCUCAGAAAGGUGCUUUUGAAUUCCUUUAGAGAGAAAAAGUCUGGAAUGGAAAAAACGUUAAACAGGGUUGUUUUUUUUUCUGCCAUCACAGUGACGUGAUAUUUUCCCUCCUCAAGGUUUCAGUGUGUCCGCCUUAUGAGACACGUCUCUGCAGCCUUAAUUCCUGAAACACUUCACUGAUUAGAUGCCAUGAGGUAAAAAUAGUGUCACUUAUCACCUAAAGUUGAGCUUUUUUUAAUAACAUUCAUGAUAAACUAUCUCUUUAGUUCAAGGUCAGCUAAUAAACCCUUUGGCAACUGCUCUAAAGCUGCGCUCUUAAUAGAUAUAUAAAAGAUUUGCUUGACUAUUGUUACACGUGUUGUUCUCAUUUUGUUGACAACAAAUGGCAAGUACUGGCUGUCUCCAAAAGUGUCUGCAUUAUUUAAGAGUGUGCAUUGUUCUUUCCUGAGCAAAAGUCAAACAUUUUACGAGCAAGCCAUGCACACGAAUCACAACAAAAACAGCCGUGUAAGGCAGAAAACGGAGAUGACAAACAACAGGAUAAUGGUAUGAGUCAGACAGUGUGAUUAAUGCACACACUGUUUUUGUCUCUGUCUCACUGAGUGUCUCUGCUGUCGACAAACAAAGUGACAAACACUGUGGCGCCAUUUAAAGGUAUAUGUGGGAUAAAGAAACCUGCUUAUUCACUUUGGGUGCCAGUCAUUCUAAUGCCGCUUUAAAAUGAGACACAUUACAACUAAAAUACUUAACAUUUAUUAGUACAAGUUUACUGACAAGAUUUAAAUCGAUACCAGUGCUUUUCUGAAAAACCUACAAGACUUAAGACUGUAAGAAAGGGGGGAAAAAAAAAGGUGUCAAGUGCACAGAAUUAGCCGGUAAUGUCAUAUUUUUACCCUUUGUAUUUUUUUUAUUUACAUCCACUGAUCAAUUUGAUGGCCAUUUCAGAUUCAAAGGUCAAGACCCAGGCAAAUAAAAAUAUGAUUGUUUAACUACCAGCAUCUGCCAUGAGAAAGAGUCGUUACAUUCCUUCAUGUGGUGUGUUUGUCAGCCCCACAUUUCCGUCCACACGUGUGUAGCUCCAGCUGUACCUUAAAAUAAUAUUUGGCGUAAUCUUUCUGCAACAGCAGGUUUUGUCAGGAUGAAAGAAUGAACCUCCAUCUGCUCUUGUUUGAAGCUCUGACUCUGUCCAUGAACUUAGAGUGCAAUUAAGUCGAGAUGAAACCACACACUUAUGCAAAACAUCCUGACUGUCAGCCACAUGUGACCACUUUUUCAUGUCUUGCUCUCUUUUUCUUCCUCUCAUUUUGCAAGUCUCUUUUCUGGGCUCCAGUUUUCCAUUUGGCCUCAUGCAAUCACAUUCCUUUCAUAGAUGUGGAGGGGUCAGGAAAAGACAUUUGUUUGCUCUAGAGUGCUCCUUUGACUGUGUCUUUUUCAACAGGGGCAGUGAAGACACACCUUACAAUAUUUACCACACCAUGCCUUAUCCUAAGAGCAAGGCAAAGGCAGAGAGAAUCGUGCUUGAAGCUAACGGCACCAAGGUAGUAUGGUUUUAAAAUAUUCAUGUUUUACAUAAAUAUUCAUUGUUUCUGUUGGUUUUAUUUUCUCUGAGGAGAGUAAAAUUAAAAGCCAAAUUACGGUGAGGCUGAAACUGGGAAUACUAAAACCAUAAACAACAGUGUGGUAAUAAGGAUCAUAAAACAGUGGUGAUGCCAUCUGCAGCUGCACCACUGAAGAAACGUGUACAUGCACACAGAUGUGUUUUCUGAAAUAUUAAGUUUAACUUCAGACUGGCUAACACAGUCUAAAAGCUGUGCUUGUGUGUUUUGUGUUGGCCUGAAAAUGGCAAGACAAGACUAUUACUUUGCUACAGAAUGUAAGAUCAUCCAUUUGUGGUCUUGUUGUGGUGCAACUCAAGUUAUUUGCAGUUCUGAAAAAAUAAAACAGUCUACCUUAUUUUUCUGUGUGCCUUCUGUGUGGAUCAUCAAAACAAAUCCUGCCUCUAUCUCCUGUCCAGGUGAAGGGUGGGGAGUGUUUAUACACAUGUUCUCUGAGGCCCACGGGGAUCUAUGGUGAAGGGCACGAGCUGAUCAAGGAUUUCUACAAGCAGGGUGUACAAAGGGGAGGUUUGAUCAUUGGGGGCGUUCCAGAUGAGACAGAGCACGGACGUGUCUAUGCAGGUAAAAUAAGUCUUUGUGAACCUUAAACACUACUGGCAGGAAAUCCCUUAAUGCAUCCUUUUAUCCUCACAAACUCUGAUCUAUUUUUAUCUUUAAAAGCCAAGGCGGAUACACCAAACUUCAAAGCAAAAACUUACUAUGGUUUAUUGUCACACCAGGGUGAAAGCAGAAGUUCAGUUUUCACAGAAACUUCCUCUGUAUUUCACAGAAACAGUCUGCAGUUAUAGAGUUUACAGUACCAUAAGUCUAGAUAAUGAUCAUGAAAUACUCGGGAUUCCUUCAGCACUCUCCUCUACAAGUGAAAAAGCACAGGCUCUAUAACAUCAAAGAUUCAAACUAAAUUUCUUUUUUUCUUAAAACAAAUGAGCAGUUUGGCUGAUUUAUUUAAGAUUUUUUUCAGGUUUAAUAUGGAAAUUGUUUCAUACUGUAUCAAAGGAUGUAUGAACACAUUAAAUAAAUAUCCUCCCAGAUAAGAGGGACAUUUUUAAGUCUGCCUACACAUGCUAUUUUCAGCUGUUGUACUGAUAUCAGCUGUUUUACUUCACUCUAUUAGUCACAGAGCUUGCAUGUGAGAGUGAGUAACAGUAUAUCUAUAGCACAGCUAACAAAUGCUGAUCUCACAGAAGAGGUGGACUGUUCAAGUUUGCAAAAUAGUGAGUGUGUUUUCUACAGACACAGUGUGGUCCCUCUGGGUAUUUGUUAAUUGUUACAUGCUUUAAGGUGACGUAAAGGUGAUGUCAGUGAAAUGUGGUCAGUGGUAUGAGGUAAUUAAGCAUACUUUUUCAAUUGUCACACUUUGGCUUGAUGUUGACUACUGUUACUUUCAUGAAAGUCUAUUUUUCAGACAGAACCAUAGAAGUGAGGAUUGUUAUUAUAAAAGCUUUUUCAUAUUUGGCUAUGUAUCUGCUUAUCUGAUACCUACCCCCUCAUAUUGAUUAUACAGCAGACCUUUAAAAAGAACUUGAAAAAUAAUCAGUUUUUGUUUAUGCUAAUGAUAGGAACAUCCUUUUCAAUUCCUGUGUAUACUCAUAUUGAGAAUAAGAAUGCUUGAAUUGAAUUGAAUUAAUUUUAUUACCACCCAAACCCCCCUCACAGCAGUUUUAAAACGUUGGCACUGUUAGGAAACAGCUGCUUUCCAUUUUACUUUGAAAAAAAUAAUUAAAUAAAACAAAUCAUAGCACAGCCUUGUACAGUAUUGAGCAUGAGUCAGGAACACAGGCUCUGCAAGCUAGGUUAACAUCAUGAACUUUUCACACACACACUCGAAGUGUAAGGUGUGAGAAGUGAAGACAGUGUGAAGAGGUGUGAAAUAACAGAACUGACAGCAGAGACAGAAUAUUUUCAUUCUAAUGCUUGACUGUAUUUUGCCUUGUUUUCAUUCCUGCUGUUUUGAGUACUUCUUCAUUACACAAUCUGUUAUCAUACCUUUUGAUUUUGUUUUUAGGCAACGUGGCCUGGAUGCACGUACUUGCAGCCCGUGCCCUGAGAGAGCGCCCUCAGACUGUGGGAGGUGAAGCGUUCUUUUGCUAUGAUGACUCGCCCUACGAGAGCUACGAAAAUUUCAACAUGCUAUUCCUCUCUGCAUUCAACUUCCGGAGGGUCCGCAUGCCCUUCAUGGUGCUCUGGUUCCUGGCUGUGUUAAAUGACCUGCUCCGCUUCAUAAUGAAGCCCUUUACUAACUACACACCAUUGCUGAACGGUUACACCUUUGCCGUUGCUAGUACCUCCUUCACAGUGUCCACGGACAAAGCCUUGCGUCACUUUCAGUAUCGCCCUCUGUUUGACUGGGAACAAUGCCGAGCCCGCACACAGAAAUGGGUUGAUACAUUCCCCCUAGAUAAACCCAAAAACUCUUAAUGUGACCGCAACAACUUCAACACACAUCAGAUGUUGCUACAUAUAGAAGCAGGAAUCUGGAUAUUUGUGUAAUGGAGAGCAUUAAUAUAGAAUUAAGCAAACUAAAGCAUACAGUAUUUAUGGUGGAAAAAUUUCAGUUUAUUGUUAUUAUUUGUGUUUAUACUGAAGUAUAGCAACUGUUGCUUACUGGUAGUUACACAGAAACCAUAACAAAGGAAGUUUUUCUGAUGAGGCACUUAGGUUACCUCCAAACUACAUGCAUAAAGAUGAAGAAAUUGAAUAUAGACAAAUGUUCACACAAGCAUUAACCAUACAAAAAGGGAUUGAAUAUCUAUAUUUUAGUAAUAUAUUGUUAUCAAUGUUCUGUUUUGCAUAAAUUAAAAAUAUACACUUUUUAUGAUGACAUUUUGAUACCUGUAUCCUGAUGAGUUCUUUUGUAAUUUUUAUUAAAUAUAAUUUAUUGUAUUCUACAAA